AUGGUGUACCAUUCUGCAAACAUAGAGAAUCAUAUGGAGGGUUGGAAUGGAUCGAACCCCUAUUGCAUUGAUACUCCUUGUGAGGAGGUUAAAAAAAGGGCUACAAGCAUAACUAACAAGAGCUUUAUUGUGUCCGGUGUCAAGCAUCAGUUAAAUCAUACCCCUGAGAAAGAAGAUGAUGAGGGUUGGGAAGAAGAUGAUGAGGGUUGGGGAGAAGAUGAUGAGGGUUGGGAAGAAGAUGAUGAGGGUUGGAGAGAAGAUGAUAAGGGUUGGGAAGAAGAUGAUGAGGGUCGAGAAGAAGAUGAUGAGGGUUGGGAAGAAGAUGAUGAGGGUUGGGAAGAAGAUGAUGAGGGUUGGGAAGAAGAUGAUGAGGGUUGGGAAGAGGAAAGGAUCAGACAAAAGGAGGUGCAGGUCGUUAGUUUAUCAUUAGCUGUCAUCUUAUCUGUUCGUGUAUUAGUACAGAUGACCUGCAAGCUCUUACCUGACCUGCAAGCUGUUGUGGUCUGA